UGCAUUUUUCUUUCUAAAAUGUCAUAUAUUUCCUCUUAUUUACAAAACAAUAAAAUAAAACCCUGAUUAUCAGUCUUCUUCCAGUAUACAAUUUUCCACCAUUUCCUUUAGAUUAGGAUUUUCCAUGGCAGCCGCUAUUCUUUCCUUGUCAUUGAUUUGUUUGUUGACUAAAACCACAAAUAAUAAUAUUUGUUAUAAAAAAACAAUAACUCAACCUACUUUCGUGUUCAGUCGUAUGAGCACCAUCUUUUAUGUAAAUAUCGAGUUUAAUGGGGUAUGGCAUGUUUCUCUCCAAUUUGAUUCGAAUGCAAAGCCCAAUUAAUGUGGCCAGAGAGCAAUGGGGUACCGUAGGGUUGAAUUCUACGCGAAUCACAUCUACUUUGCCCAAAGUGGGUUCCUUAACCUGAAAAUUAUAUUUAAAACAAUUGAAUAUUAAAACAAAUGUUUGCUAUACCUCUACACCAUCUUCAUAGACAACGUUUAGUUCCUCCAGAGUGUUUGGUUUUUCUGGAUCUUUAAUAGUUCUAAUUAAGUCUGUAAAUAAAAAUGUAUUUAUAUUUUUUAUUAUAAAUAGAUGUUGUAAAAAAUACCAUAAACUGUAUCCUUUAGCUCUGUGCUGUCUUUGCAAACAUUCUUCACUUUAUCCUCCGGGUCUUUUCCUAGUUUUUUCCGUAAAAAAGACAAAAACAUUAUUAUAAUACUUAAAAAAUACUAUAUAGUUUUGUUAAUACAAAAACAAUCAGCUGAUUUUCUAACCUUCAUUCAUCUUCGCACAAUUUACGGUGAAUAUAUUGUUGAUUGCUUUACAUUAUUUAAAUUCAAUGAAUAAAAAUAGAUAAAAAAACAUCAGGUACUCAAAAUAUAAGUGCGCUUGUUUAAUCGAUAGCUGCUACUUGAACUGAAAAAUUGCCGAAUUCAAAAAAAUGUAUAUUUUGACUCCUUGGGAUUAUUUUGGAUUUUACAGUAUGGGCAUUUCAUAUGAUUGUAAGUAAUAUUCGAAGAUUGUUUAUAAAAAAAAAAUAUGCCGUUAGUACAGCGACAGACAAUUGUUUUGACAUCCAAAUGUCAAAUUCAUUAGAAACAAUAAUUUACCAAAAUUAUUGGCUAAUUUUCAAAGCUGUAAAUUACUUAGUGCGUGUUAACGCUAUAAAUAAAAUAUUUACGCCUAAUUUUAAUAGCAAUUCGCUUUAUCAUUAUGGCAUUACAUUUGACGGUCACUGUACAUGCAUUUUUAAAAUUUAAAUUUAAAUCAAGGACAAAAGGGUUAAACGAGUUAAACCAGUUCAUUGGUCGAAAUUAUUUAAAGAAAAUGGGCAAACAACUGGUAUAUUUGAACUCCAAAUUUUGGAGUAUUUUCCGAUAAAAGCAUUUAAAUACGCAUUUUGUGUGUACUUUCAUUUAUUUUCUGCGCGUGUCCUAUUGAGCACAAGGUGGUGGAUCACGUGACAUGACAUAUGCAAAUUUCAUCCAGACUCGCGAAUCCCAAGUCCCGAAUUCGUUACGUCAGUAAAAAUCGGGAAGAAACGUGAUUGUAUAUUUCCAUAUGACAGUUGAAAAUAGAAUGUGCAAAGAAUGCGUAAAGUAAGAAAUAUGAGCAAUAUUUUGAAAAAGCGCAUCUAUCAUGCUGCUAAAGAUGGAAUGCCAAUAGCAUUGUUUACUUUGCUUUCAGAUUUAAACGAUGACAUUAUCGAGGAAAUUGUUAACGAGACUGUAUCAGAGGAUGAUGGACAGGAAUGUACCCCCCUGAUUCUGGCAGCUCGACAUGGACAUUUUGAUGUUGUCCGAAUCUUGUUGACAAAAUUUAAACCCGAUUUAGAGAAAGAGGGGACUGUUAAAAUUGAUGGUUAUGUGAUAGAAGGUGCUAGUGCCUUAUGGUGUGCUGCAUGUGCAGGUCAUUUAAAUGUAGUAAAAUCCUUGGUUAAAGCUGGUGCAGAUGUGAACCACCCGACAAAAACAAACUCGACUCCCCUAAGGGCUGCUUGUUUUGAUGGAAGACUGGACAUAGUUAAAUAUUUGACGUAUCAUAAUGCUAAUAUUAAUAUAGCCAAUAAGUACAAUAAUACCUGUUUAAUGAUAGCUGCAUAUAAAGGACAUCUGGAUGUGGUUAGUUUUUUGUUGGAAAAUGGGGCCAACCCAAACGAGGGGGCCCUAUGUGGCGCCACAGCGAUGCACUUUGCUGCCGAGUGUGGUCACCUUGAUGUUAUUAAAGAAUUAUUACAAUACAAGGCUGUUUUUACCGUCAAUGACUCUGGGAUGACACCUAUCAAGGCAGCCGCUGAAAGGACAAAAGAGAAAAUAGUCGAAUAUUUAGUGGAGCGGAAGGAAAUUAGUAAAGAGGAACAAAUUGAGGCACUAGAAUUGCUGGGAGCUUCCUAUGCCAAUGAUAAGGAGACAUAUGAUAUUGUCAAAGCUUACAAAUAUAUGCAUAGAUCUUUGCAAAUGAGGUUCGCAGACAAAGACGAACCGAUCCCGAAGAAGAGCUUUCCGCCGGUGCCCGCCUACGAGAGCUGGAUCGAGUGCCGCACGGCGGCCGAGCUGGAGGCGAUCGAGCGCAACCACAACGCGCUGCACAUGGAGGCGCUGACGAUCAGGGAGCGCGUGCUCGGCACGCACAACGCCGAAGUGCCGCACCCCGUCAUCUAUCGCGGCGCCGUCUUCGCCGACAACGCGCGCUUCGAUCGCUGCCUCGAGCUGUGGCUGCACGCGCUCAAGUUGCGCCAGCAGAAUCACGUCUCCGUCGUCAAGGAUUUGCUCAGGUUUGCCCAAGUGUUUUCUCAAAUGCUUCACGUGGGCGUCCAAGUUACCUACGCUCAAGUGGUCGAAGUACUUUCAGCCGCCAUCUUGGAAUUGGAGCGUAACAAAGAAAAACUGUCGAAUCCCGGGCCGAAAGACGACAAAGAAACUGUCCUGGUAAUUUGUUUAUUUAUCAAGUUAUUGGACGAAAUCGAUAGUAAUUUAACCACCACGCUGUACCUGCUUACCAUUUUAACCAAACUGAUGAAACAAUGUUCGGAAGAGGAGAAGUUCAACGUGAAUCGCAUGGUUUUUACCUUAAACCAGCUUCAGGUCACCUUAAGGGAUGGCCAGACCCUUUUGCAUCUUGCCUGUAACGCAGAGACACCUGUCGACGAUUUUCAUACUAACGACAUUUGCAAGUUUCCUUGCGCGGAAACCACCCGCCUGCUCAUCCAGUGCGGCGCCAACGUGAACGCGAUGGAUCAGGAGCGCAACACGCCGCUGCACGUGAUCGUCAACUAUCACAAGGCCAUCUCGGAUUUUUUGACGUUGCACUCGAUCAUCACCGAUCUGACGGAAGGUGGCGCUCAUCUAGACUGCGUCAACAUCAAGGGAGAGACGCCUCUAGAUUCAUCAGUGACAGGUGUCGCCGAAAUAAUCCUGAAAACACAAAUGAAGUUAAGUCUGAAGUGCAUGGCGGCGAACGCGGUGAAGCACCACAAGCUGAAGUACCGAGGUCAAGUGCCGCAGGCGCUCGAGUCCUUCAUAGAGCUUCACGGCGCCCCCAGCAAAAAGUCGUCCUAGUCAAACGAAUUCUACUUUUAAUUAAACUAAUCUAGCGUAUCUACAUGAUCAUCGUAAAUUUGUACAUAAGAUUUAUUUUUUAAGUGUAACACAACUGCCCGAGCUUUACCCCACGCGAAAUUGGAACGUUUGAGGUUUUAGUAAGUUUUGGAUUUAUUUUUUUUUGUUUAUAGGAUGGCCACAAGUAUACGAAAUUCUUGUUUUUUUUUAUUUUGAUGUAAAUUAUAAAAUAUUAAAAAAUUCUACUCAAAAUGGACCAAGUAAUAAAGGUUGUAGACAAAAAAGUCUACAGACUUUGUGGUAGUUGAUAUCAUCAAGACCAAUACAUUUUACAAAUAAAUAUUUUUUAUUUUAGAUUUUGUUUUUAAUUUUUGAUUUUUUUUUUGUUUUUACUUUAACGCUUUUGCUCCGUUAUUUAAGGUCGUAUUUAAAAAAAUAUGUAAAAUUUGUAUGUUAACAUUUAAAAAAAAAAUUAACAACAAAGGUAAACGGCCAUUUCAAGCGCGCGAAACGCACGAAUUACAAAACUGUUUUUAUAAAAAAAAAUUGUAGAUAAUUAAUUAUAUAAUAUUCUUUUAUUAAAUAAAAAUUGAAAGGUGUGGACGGGACAAAGAUUUAUAUUGUCCCAUCCACACCUGUCAAUUAUUAAAAUUAUCUCUACUUUUAUAAAAUGUUUCUUGCGUUUUUUUAACCUCAUGUAUAGCCUAAUAAAAGAAGAAUAUUUUUGACAAUUUUGAUACCAAAAUAUCAUAUAUUAUAUAAUAAAUUAUUUACAAUUUUUUUUGUAAUAACAGUUUUGUGAUUUGUCCCGUCCGUAUGCUUGAAAUGGCCGUAAGGGGUUUUUAUAAAAACAAAAGCAGGUCAAUAAUUCAAGAACAAAAGAUUAAAUGAAAAAUAUUCAUUUGAAUAAAUAAAUAAUUUAAAAUGUCAAACAGAGUGUAGUAUGCUUCACAUCUAAUCACGCAAAUUUCGUCUUAAUUUUUGAAUUAAUACAUUAUGUAUUUAUACAUUAUGUAUUUUUUGUGUUUUAAGUUAAAACCUCGGUUAAAAGCCUUAUCCACAAAAAGUACAUAUGCUAUACAUUAUGUUUAGAAAUUAAGACAAAAUUAGCGUUCAACUUGACAUUUGAAUACAAAUAAUUAAGGUUAUCUAUCUGUCAGUUUAACGCUAAUGUCUUAUUUUCUGAAAAUAAUCCAGUAUAUGUAUAGUUUGUGUUCUAAAUUAGGACCUUUAUACGCAAAAGAUACAAACAUUGUAUGAUUUUUUAGGAAAUAAGACAAAAUUAGCAUUAAACCUCAAUUAUUUGGAUUCAAAAUGUCAAAGUGGGACUUUUGGGUGUAGAGUUUUAAAGCGUCCUAAAAAAAACUUUUUUCUGUUUUUUCGCCCGGCCUUGGAAAAGUUGUCUUUUUGGGAAUAAUUGAUUUUUUUGUAAAAUUAUAAAAUACACACAUUUUAAUAAACGAAUAAUUUUUUAAGUUAUAUAAAGCCGUUCAUGACAUUUUUUCCGCACUUGGCAAAAAAAACGAAAAAAAUCGGUUUUUUUGAGCCUUUAAAACAUUAUUGGCAUUUUAAACGGGAAAAUUAGGAAAUUUGCAGAAAAUUUUUCAGAAAAUUCGGAAAAUUAAAUAAGUUUUUUUCCGCUGGCUCAAUUUUUCCGAAAAUUUAAAAAACUAUGUGCAGCAUAAAUUUAUACAAUUUAUUCAUUUUAGAUAACAAACAUCACAUGGCUUUGAAUUUUUGCUAUCAAUUUUUCGUUAAAAAUGACUAAACAUUUUAGUAGCGUAGAUUUCAAAUAUGCAAUAAACAAUUGCAUGUCCAAACCCUAUUGAUAAUGCUUUAUCAAGAAAUUGACGGAAUACUUGUCAAUGAGGAGUCAAAAUAUUUGAAAUUAUUGAAAACAGAAAUACCAAAUAUUAAAAUUAAAAACGAAGUAGUUGCCAAAAUUUGUUAUAUUUUAAUUUGAGUUAUACAAUUGUUAAUUAAUUUAAUUUAUGGUAAUUCUUAAAUAACUUGCCGAAUUAUUAAAACGUUCCAAUUUCGUAUACCUUUAGUUAAAACAAUUGGUGUUAUUUUUGAGACUGCUAUUGUUGUUAUUUAAUAAAUUAAAGACAAAAAUGUAUCAAACUGUGCACUUAUUUGCAGAAUUUUAACAGCAACUUUUCAGACAUAAAUGUUGUUAAUUGAUUAUCGAAUAUGAUGUAAUAAUAACUGCAUGUUAACCAUUAUUGACUAAAAUUUUCCUUUUUAUUUUAUUCGUAAAAUGAGAUUUUAUGUUUCUUACUUUUUUCUUGCAGUUAAUAAAUAUGAAUUGAAUUGAUAUUUUAAAUUGUGAUUUUAUAGUUGCUGUUUAUUAAAUUAUAUUAAUUUUACCCAAACCAUUAGCUUAAGGUUUUCAAUUAAUUAAUUCAGAUGGUGCAUAUAUGAUGAAAAAUAAAUUUGAUAAUAUAUAUUUAUAUUUUACACUAAAUAAUGUAUUUUUUGUAUUUUUAAUAAAGUUUAUGUGUGAUUAUUUAACACUUUGCUUAUUUUUCACACCUUUUGCACAUGUUUAUGUGCAAUCCAUCAUUCUUUUUUCUUUUUUAAUUUGUUAACACACUAAUUGGGGUAUGCAGGAAUUUACGCCAUGACUGAACGAGCAAAGCCACAACAAACUAAAUAAAGUGUUCGACAAAAACGCCUCAGGGAUUUAAAUAUAUUAUAUUCGCUUCAUGGGAAAACCUCAUUAUGCACGAUAAUUUGUAUAUCAAUAGAAAAAAUGCGAUGUAAAAUCAUGUUUCAUAGUCAUGGGGCAUGAUUUUUUUAAAUUCGUGGAAUAUUUUAUUUUAACAAAGGUUGUGGUUUUAUGAUAUUAACAAAGAUAAAGAAAUUUAUUAAAAACAUCCGUAUUAACCUUUAGUUAGUCGCGUGCUUGGUGUAACGUUUAUUCUCGCGUGGGGCCAU